AUGUCCUCGCUGUACAAGCAGCUGGGCCUGGGCGCCGCCGGCUCGCCGGUGAACGCGUCCCACCUCCUCAUGCUCGUCCUCGGCGCCGGCUUCCUCGCCUUCACCGUCUUCGUCGUCCACCCCAACGACUUCCGCCUCCAGUCCUUCUUCUCCGGCGCCUGCCCCGGCUCCCCGCCGCAUGACCCCGUUCUCGCGCCGGUCAACGCCACGCCCAAGGCCAAGGCCGCCACGACCACGCCAGUCAAGGCGCCGGACGGGCACCCCGGCGUGCGCGUGCUGAUCGGCAUCCAGACGAUGCCGGGCAAGUACGAGCGGCGGCACCUGCUGCGGACCGUGUACGCGCUGCAGCUCCAGGAGCACCCCGCCCUUGCCGGCGCCGUGGACGUGCGCUUCGUCUUCUGCAACGUCACCUCCGCCGUCGACGCCGUGCUGGUGGCCCUGGAGAUCAUGCGGUACGGCGACGUCAUCGUGCUCGACUGCGCCGAGAACAUGGACGGCGGCAAGACGUACGACUUCUUCGCCACCGCCGCCCGCGCCUUCCCCGACGGCGCCUACGACUACGUGAUGAAGGCCGACGACGACACGUACCUGCGGCUCCCGGCGCUGGCGGCGUGGAUGGCCGGCGCGGCGCGGGAGGACGCGUACCUGGGCCUGCAGAUGCCGUGCGACCGGGAGAACUUCUACCCGUUCCCGCCCUUCAUGUCCGGCAUGGGGUACGCGCUGUCGUGGGACCUGGUGCGCUGGGUGGCGAGCUCCGAGGUCAGCCGCCGCGACCGCGUCGGGCCGGAGGACAUGUGGACGGGGCGGUGGCUCAACGUCGCCGGCAAGGCCAAGAACCGCUACGACGGCGCCCCCAGGAUGUACAACUACCUGGGGAGCUCCCCGGCCAACUGCUUCCGGCGCGGCUUCCGCCCGGACACCAUCGCCGUGCACAUGCUCAAGGACGCCGGCCGGUGGGCCGAGACGCUCGCCUACUUCAACGCCACCGCCGCGCUGCCGCCGUCCGCGCUCUACCACCUGCCUUGA